CAAUUCAGUAAAAACUGUUUCAUUGUAUAUGCAUGUUAAAGCUGGAACUAAAACAAAGUUUAAAAACUGGAAUACACAUUUUGAAAUGCAUUAAAAGCCUAUACGAACUUCUGUGCUUUUACGAAUAUGCCAUUCAAUAAAAAAAUAAUAUUUUAGAUUUGGCCUUUUAUUUCAAUUGUUCCAAUAAAUAGGCCUUGCAUGAGCAAAACAAAUCUACUUAAUAUAAUGUUUGAGACAAGCGCUAGGAGAAAAGACAGCUGUUAAACAUUUAUUUCAUCUAGAUUUAUUUUCAUAAAUAAAGCGCAAAACAUAUUCUAAGGAAUAACAUAAAGCAUUUGGACUUUUUGACGAUUUUUCGUUUAUUCAGUUAGAAAAACUAUGUCACUUACGUUUGUAAAAGUUUAUUUGUUUUUACUUUUAAUAAGAAAGUGUUCAUUCUUCAGUUUUGAGUAUGCCUUAAAAAAAGUUGAUAGUCUUGAAGCUAGACUGGUUGCUUUGGAGACAGUGGAUGGUUUAAGGCGUCUUGAAAUCGAUGAGAUUUUUGUUCAAUUUUCUGAAUUCACCAAAAAAUUGAGAGCAGUGAAUAUGUCAUUAAUUUCGACAGGUGCAAACGCGGAUGUAAACAAUUGUAAAAAUUCAGUUGUGAGUACAGAUGGACACUCACUUAAUUACCUAGUGAAAGGAAUGGCUGCGGAGAAGCUGAUGAGCUACAAGAACAGACAGAAUCUUGAGAGAUUGAUAAGUUACUUGCAAAAUGUAUUUAGCGACCACGAGAAUAAGUUUGAAGAGAUGACAAAAAUGUUAAAAAGUGAAAUUGAUCAAAAUAUAGACAAUCUGAUAAAUGGCCAAGCUUUAAUGGCAGACACAUGUGAAACCAUAAAAGAAGGGUAUAGAAAUGAAAUGGCCUCUUUAAAGGCUGAAUUCGAGCAUACACAGAAGGAAAUGAAACAUCUUGAGAGAUUGAUAAGUUCCUUAACAAAUGUAUAUACUGACCACGAGAAUAAGUUUGAAGAGAUGACGAAAAUGUUAAAAUGUGAAAUUGAUCAAAAUAGAGAAAAUCUGAUAAAUGGCCAAGCUUUAUUUGCAGACACAUGUGAAACGAUAAAAGAAGGAUAUAAAAAUGAAAUGGCCAAUUUAAAGGCUGAAUUUAAGCAUGCACAGAAUGAAAUGAAAAAAGAAAAAGAAUUGCUAAAAGGCGAAACAAUCAAGAAAGAAUCAUGCGUAGAUUUAUUUAGUCAGAAACAGUUCGUUAGUGGUAUUUAUGAGCUCCAUAAUGGGCUAAACGUUUAUUGUGACCAAACUACUGAUGGGGGAGGUUGGAUAGUUUUUCAGCGUCGUGAAGAUGGAAGUGACAUUUUUGAACGCACAUGGGAUAACUACAAAACAGGAUUUGGAGAUUUAUUGCACGAGUUUUGGCUAGGAAAUGACAAUUUACAUGUCCUUACAGAACAUGGUAACCACGAGUUACGUAUAGAUAUGGAGGACUUUGAAGGUAAUAAGGCUUAUGCUAAAUACAGUCAUUUCAAAGUUUAUGGAGAAAAUGAUAAGUACAGCCUUGAAGUGAGUGGGUAUAGUGGGAAUGCUGGCGAUUCUCUCAUCUAUCAUAAUGAAAUGGCAUUUUCUACAGUAGACAGGGAUAAUGAUCCGUACCUUGGCAAUUGUGCCAAGAAGUACAGAGGUGCAUGGUGGUUUGCGUCAGGCUGUCACUAUUCAAAUCUCAACGGAGUUUACUACCAUGGGUCGAGCUCACCAAAUGGUGAAGGUGUAAUAUGGUAUCAUUGGAAAGAAUCUUUUAGGUAUUCCCUAAAACGUGUCGAGAUGAAGCUACGAUCAACUUAAUCUUAUGGAUGUUUUGUAAUAGAAUAGAGAUUCACAUAUCUUGGAAUAAUACAUCUUCGUCUGUACAUGUGUGUCUAAUGAAUGAAUGAAUGUUCACAAAGACAUUUUUGCAAUGUGUGAAUGCAAACAAUCACGGAGUGUUAAUGCAACAUAAUGAAAAAAUGUACAAUUAGACAAUUAAAUAUGCAUGAAUUGAACACAGUUGUACAUUUAUUAUUUUAUAGAGCGCAUAUUGGCAGAAAUUCAUUGAAAAAUUAGACAGUGC